CCGCAGUGCACCGAGUGAGCAAGAAUCAACAUGGCUGCGAUUAUUAAUAUUUGCGAUAGAACUUUGCCAAAUAAAAAUCAAAGAUUUCAAAUCCACAAUGUGGACAUAAAUGAAAAUGUUCUGACUAUAAAGGAGAAAAUUUUGAAACUUAUCGAACCAAAUACUAAAGAUGUUGAGCUUAUUUAUUGUGGUAAACAGAUGAAAGAUGAUAAUAAGAUAGAUAUUUAUGGAAUUAAAAAUGGAUCAACAAUUUAUGUGCUUGAAAAACAUGUCCCAGAAGCGUCAGGAAUUGUAAAUAAUUUAACAGAACAGCAAGUUAUGGUGGCUUUGAAAGCUGCCAUUCGUAAACCUACAUACUCAAAUAUUGUUCAAAAGAUUCUCACUGAUGAAUCAAAAAUCAAUAAACUUGUCUCAGAUAAUCCAACUUUAACAUCAGAUCCAGCUGUUUUAUCAAUGUUAGUUGACCGAGGGUUGUUAGUUAGUUUAAUACAGCCUGGUAAUAUUUCAAAAUUAUUAUCAAGACAUCCUGUAUUUGGUCCUACAGCAUUAGCUGUAGCUACUAUGGUAAAUGAAGAAGCUGGUAAAGAUGGUGGUUCAGCUUCUACAACAGCAGGUUCAUAUUCAAUUGACCAGAUGUCUGAUGAGGAAGAUGAAGUUGGAAUGGGAGCACAGGGUGGAAGACCAAUCACAACAUCCCAACUAGCAGCAGCGUUAAUGCAGGCCCAAGGAGGAUACACCACAAACCAGCCUAGUACAUCUAGUAGUGGUGAAAGUAGUGCAGCUUCAAUAUCAGAACAAUUCUUUCAACAGGCUUUAAUGAGUGCCACUCAAUAUUCUGUACCAGAUAGUCAAUUACAACAAUUACGUGACAUGGGUAUAACAGAUGACAAUCUAGCCAGACAAGCUUUGAUGCAAACUGGAGGAGAUCUAAAUGCAGCUAUUGAAAUAUUAUUUGAAGACAGAUCUUGAUGGUAUUUUAAAGGUUUGUAAAGGCUAUACUUUUAAUUUGGAACAGAACAGAGUCAUUUCGUUUGACAGAAGUGAACAAGCCACCAAGAAAAGUAAAAUGUACAAUAUUAUCUUAACUACUUGAAUAAGGUUAGAGAAAGGCUGGGACUGACAAGUCAACUUUAAAAAGUUUAAUAGACAUUGGUAAAUGUAUAUGUGAAUGAAUGAAAUGUGAAUGAAAUGUUGUAACUGUAUGAAGAGGUCUUGUUAAUAAAUUAAUUUAUAUAUUG